CGAACAGCACUUACACACCUUGUGUGGGUCGCCCACAAGAGGUGUCCCUCUUGCCCCCUUAGAGCACUUUGUGGAGUCGCCGAUGACGUCGACGGCGCUUAGCCGGAAGCGCCGGCUGCUUCUCCUAGCUGCGUGGCUUGCUUACCGAUGCGCCCCGCAGCGCGGCUUUGCGAUGCCAAGCCCGUCCACGGUGUUUCCGGAGGCCGCACCGAGUGAAGGACCGAAGUGGAAGCCGCCGGACGGGCCGGGGGACAUCGAGACCGUCUCAGUGCAAUGCCUCCCCUCGAAGAUCCUCGCGGAUCACAGCAUAGGCACAGCCCAGAUGCUGGCGCUGCGGGGGAUCCUGGGUGGCAGCGUCUAUGCCAAGACCUUGCGGAAGCAGGUGCUCCAGUGCUCCAGGGAGGAGCGGAGCGUGAUCAUUUUCGGGGAGCCCGGGACCAAGAAGGACAUGCUGGCCUUCAACAUCCACUUUGCCCGCCGCAAAGGGCGCUUGCUCUUCGUGGACUGCGGCGGUGUGUCCAGCUUCGGUGCGCGGAUCUGGGGGCGCCAGGGCGCUCCCGGGCUGCUGGACGUGGCAGACGAGGGCACGCUGGUCUUCAACAACGUGCAUCAGCUAAACCGACGGCUGCUGCCGGCCGUGGUGCAGCUGGCCACCAAUGGCACGUACUGGUCUCGGAACGCAAAGCAGAUGCAGCGAAGCAAACUGAAGGUGAUCCUGAUCUCUGAGGAGCAGACAGGCCUUGCCGACAUCCCGAAGGAGGCGGCCUUCCGCAUCAAGGUGCCAGCUCUGCGAGUGCGGAGGGAGGACAUCGAGAGCAUUGUGAGGUACGAGCUCCGCCGCCUUGGGCGCACGGAGGGGCGGGCAAUCCCAGACAUCACGCCAGAGGCGCUGAAGCGGCUGCAGGCCUAUGACUUCCCCAACAACGUCCAGGAGCUCUUUGGUCUCAUCGAGAACGCCUGCCGCAACCUCCCGGAGAACGCGGAGGCGCUCACGGCGGAGCUGCUGUGGACGGCGCAGAGCGCCCAGAAGUUGGAUCUCUUCAAGGUGAAUCUGCUGGACGUUUACCCCGGCUUGCGCGACUUCCUCCGAUCAGACUGGUUGGAGAACCUCAACCACGGCUUCACCAAGUACGUCUUUGCGGUGCUGGUGGUCCUACUCUUCGUAGGGCCGCAGACCAGGGACGCCAACGUGGGGCUGAGCGUGUUCUGGGCCUGGUGGUGGCCCGGCAUUCUGCUGACCUACCCCCUGCUGGGCCGCUUCUGGUGUGCGGUCUGCCCAUUCAUGAUCUACGGGGAGGUGGUGCAGAGGUGGCGUGUGGCCUCCGGGGCAGUGCUUCAAAAGUGGCCGGCGGAGGUGGGGAGGAACGGGGGCUGGUUCCUCUUCGUGCUCUUCCUGGGGAUUUUGCUGUGGGAGGAGCUGUGGGUGUUGGAAAACACUGCCUACCUCUCGUCCUGCUUGCUACUGCUGAUCACGUUUGGGGCCAUGGUGGGGUCCUACUUCUUUGAGCGCCGCAUCUGGUGCCGGCACCUCUGCCCCAUCGGGGGCAUGAACGGGCUGUACGCCAAGCUGUCGCUAACGGAGCUGAGGGCGCAGAACGGCCAGUGCAAGGCGGUGUGCAACACCUUCCACUGCUACAAGGGCGGCCCGGAGGAGGGCGAGGGCCAGGAGACGGACGGCUGCCCCCUCUACUCCCACCCCGCCAACCUCAAGGACAACAAGGACUGCGUGCUGUGCUUCACCUGUCUCAAGGCCUGCCCCCACCGGAACGUGAUGCUGAGCUUGCGGGCGCCCGGAGUGGACUUCGGCUUCCCGUUCCUCUUCCCCAUCCCCGGCACCGCGGCCUCCGCGCGGCACGAGGCGUCGGCGCCCGAGGUGGCGCUGCUCUUCCUGCUGCUGGGGGCCGUCUUCUGCCACCACCUGCCGGAGCUGUCGGCCCAACUGGGCGCCCCGGAGCUGGUGGCCUCCUUCAGCAGCCACGCGCUGCUGGCCACCGCGGCGCUGCUGGGCCCCGGCCUUCUGGUGCUGUGCGCGGACCGCGCGGCGCGGCUGCUGAGCAGCGCAGUGGAGCCCAAGCGGCGGCCGCUGAACGACUUUGUGGAGUUGGCCUACAGCUACCUGCCUCUCACCUGGCUGGCAUCCCUGGCGCACUGGUUGGAGCUGGGCAUGACCGAGGCGGGUCUGCUGCUUCCCACGGCUGCACGCACCGCCACCUUCUUCGUGCCAGCGGUGGGCGACGCCGUGGACCCAGCGGCGCUGCCCACGUUGGUCUUCGCGCCGGCGGCGGUGGCGCUGGUGCAGGGCGCCUUGUUGCUCGCAGCCGCCGGGUUCAGCCUGCAGCUGUACAGCAAGCUAGGCAGCAAGGACGCGCCCUUCGCCUGGGUGCAUCAGCUGAUGAUCUUGGCUCUGACAUGGGAGCUGUGGCAACUGAUCCUUUGAUACUUUUAAUUCGGGUGCAACGGAUGGGCCCCCGAGGGUUGGCGCUGGAGAGGGUUGCAAAAGCGCGAAUGGUUGGCUCGGCAUUACGAGCUGUACCUUGUCCGAACACGAGC